AUGGAACCUUUCUCCAGAGAUCUCUGCAAGGAGCUGGUGGCAGGGUGGUCGUCGCUGGACAGCUCCUGCUUCUCCAUCUCGACCGUGUCCGGUGGCAUCACCAACCUAUUGCUAAAGGUAUCUGUCAAAGAAGGCACGGCGGACAGUGAGUCUGCUGUCACUGUUCGGUUGUACGGCCCAAAUACGGACUUGGUGAUCGACCGGGAGAGGGAGUUGCAGGCCAUACCCUAUAUCUCAGCUGCAGGGUUCGGGGCUCAGCUACUAGGAGUAUUUGAGAAUGGAGUGGUUCAGUCAUUCAUCCAUGCACGAACACUCACACCUUCAGACAUGAGGGAGCCUAGAAUAGCCGCUGAAAUUGCCAAGCAGCUACAUAAAUUUCAUCAGCUAGACAUUCCAGGAUCUAAAGAACCACAACUGUGGAAUGAUGUAUUCAAAUUUUUGAAAAAAGCUUCUGUAUUGAAGUUUGAAGAUGAUGAGAAGCAGGAGAGAUAUGAGACGAUCUCUUUUAGAGAAAUAAAAGAUGAAGUUAAAGAACUUAAGGAUCUCUCAGAUCUUUUGCAUGCCCCUGUGGUUUUUGCACACAAUGACUUGCUUUCGGGGAAUUUGAUGUUGAAUGAUUUGGAAGAGAAGCUCUAUUUCAUUGAUUUUGAGUAUGGAUCAUAUAGCUACCGCGGCUUUGACAUUGGAAACCAUUUCAAUGAGUACGCAGGCUUUGAUUGUGAUUAUAACCAGUACCCAGACAAAGAUGUACAAUAUCACUUCUUCAGGAAUUAUCUAUCUGAUAGACCAAGUGAGGUCCAAGUGCAGGAUCUGGAAGCCCUUUAUGCUGAAACGAACACCUACAGAUUAGCAUCACACGUUUACUGGGCACUGUGGGCACUCAUUCAGGCGAAGGUAUCCCCAAUUGAUUUCGAUUACCUUGGGUACUUUUUCCUACGGUACGGUGAAUACAAGAAACAGCGGGAGUCUUGCUUUUCCUUGGCACAAGACUUCCUUUCUCUGAGAAGUGGCUAGAGCUUAGACGUUGUCCCUGAGCCACUGCUUGCCAUCGCCUUAUAUAUGGUGGCAGGCAUGAAUGAUCAGCUAUUGUACUCGUGUUAAUUAGCCAUUCUUGUGUCUCUGUUGUAUGAUGGUGUCAGCUCUUGGAAUUCUUUCUGUUCGUUCUUCCUGCAGGAGCCUUGUACUGCUUAUAGAAAGUUGUACAGUCUGUGAAUAAUGUACAACUGUUUGGUUGCAACAAAGGCAGGCUAAAGAAUUCUGCUUUUUGUAUCAUCAUGUAA